UCCUGACAAAGCAAAGGCAAACACAGAGAUGAGGGUGACGGGAAGUAUUAGUGCUUAUUGCAGUCUGCGUCAAACCUCUCGCUCCUUUGGAAGAUAAUGCCCUCGGUGCCUCGUAAAGGACUUUCUGGGUUUAAUGUUAUUUGCUUGUGCUGCAGGGGUCCAUGUAAACAUCCAGUGAUGGUCACCAGAUCUCCAGCCACUCAUUCAAACUCAGCAUCUGCAUUGUAAGGAGAAACUCGUCCUGUGGGAGUGGGAUUGCGAAGGAAUAUGCAGAGAUAAAAAAAAAACACAACAUUUUUUUUUGUUGUUGCACAAAAACCAGACCGUCAUAGUUGGAUUACCUGGUGUUGUUGAUCACCAACAUGAACUCGUUGUUUUUCCCCGAUAUUCAGCCCGGUGCGGUCUGCAACGUCCCCGCCGGGUCGGGCGCGGUGACCAGCGCCCUACGAAAUGACCUGGGCUCCAACAUCCAUGUGCUGAAAACCCUCAACCUGAGAUUCCGAUGCUUCCUUGCCAAAGUCCACGAACUGGAGAGGAGAAACAAGCUGCUGGAGAGCCAGCUGCAGCAAGCUCUGCAGAGACCGCAAUACCGCCACCUUUACACGCGUGAAGUUGCGGUGCAGACGGACGGUCCCGAGUCGCGACUGCCGGGCACCAUCUGGAGUUUCACCCACGUCCGGAGGCAAGGGGAGCGGUUUGAGACCCUGCACGGGCCCGGGGUGACGUGGACGCAUCCGGAUGGAGUCGGGGUCCAGAUAGACACCAUUACACCAGAACUGAGGGCUCUGUAUAAUGUGCUGGCCAAAGUCAAGAGGGAGAGGGACGAGUACAGGAGAAAAUGGGAGGAGGAGCUGUCAAAACGACAGCAACUGGAGUCCACGGUGGAGACCAUGCAGCAGAGCGCCCAGGAGUCGUCUGAGGUCCAGGGUGAGCUGAGCGAGAAGGUGGACAGACUGAAGGCUGAACUUGUGGUCUUCAAGAGUCUGAUGAGUGAUCAAAUGUCUGACCUGGACACUAAGAUUCAGGAGAAAGCCAGACGGGUGGACAUGGACAUCUGCAGAAGGAUCGACAUCACGGCUAAACUGUGCGAUGUGGCUCAACAACGUAACUCAGAGGACAUGUCAAAGAUGUUCAACGUCAGUCCAGCCAGGUCGCUCCCAGAGAAGAGUGCCGUGGCCUGCUGCAGGAAAAAAGAGCGUAAAGUUGUGUCCGAUGAGGAGAGUUCUGAGAUGGAUGCAGAGCCCAGCCCUUCAGAGGAGGAGGCCCCCGGGUCGCUCAACAUCACGGAUGAAAUGAAACGCAUGCUCAACCAGCUACAUUGUUCAGAUAACUCCUUUGUUGCCAGGCGCGAGACAUUUGAAAUCGAUGACGACUGUGACAGUCUGACGUGGGAGGAAAACGAGGAGACUCUGUUGCUAUGGGAGGACUUCACAAACUACAAUGUGCCGUUGACCUUCCCUGCAAUGACCUACACAAACGGCUGCCCCACUGAGGCAAAUGGUGAAGCAGCUGAUCCAGACUCCCAGGAUGGAAGUCUUGGCAGCCUCAUUGACGAAACAGAGUCACUAUUUAAGACCAGAGAGCAGGAGUACCAGGAGACCAUUGGCCAGAUCGAGAUGGAACUGGCCACAGCAAAGAGCGACAUGAACCGACAUCUGCACGAGUACAUGGAGAUGUGCAGCAUGAAGAGAGGCCUGGACGUGCAGAUGGAGACCUGCCGACGGAUGAUUAAAGGUGGCAGGAACUCUCCCUCGAUCAGCUCCGUGGCCAGCAGUGACUCAGGGAACACAGAUGAGAUCCAAGACGAGAUUUCAGACAAGGACGCAGACGCUGAAGUCCCCGUUAGUUGAUGGCUGCAGAGCCGGGCCUUGGCCUACGUCCUCCUGAAAGCCCCUCGUUGUUACAGGGGUUAAAUGUGUAUAGAGCUCCACCCUGCUAGAGAGGUGGAACAGCCUCAAUCUGGACCUGUUUGACCUAUGUUCUGAUGGUCGUGCUCACUGAUGCAGGUCCAGAACUGGUGCUUUUAUACUAUUUCUGUUGUUUAGAAAGUGGUGGUCGUCUUUGCUUCACAAAGAGAAAGGGUGCAAAUAAAGUCUGAGCUGUGCUCUCUUCCUCACUGCUGCCUUGCUGGAUCCUUGUCCAGAGCUUCACAUCAUUUUAAGUAUUUUGUACAAAUUCUUACCCUAUUAAUGUCCUUUUUUUCUAAAGGAAUUUAAAAUAGUACAUAUUGUGCUCUUCCACAUAACACCCACAUAAAAAUACACCCAUCUUAAACAUAUACUUUGUAAUAUUUUAUUUGAAUCGAAUGUCUGUACCCCUCACUCGGACCAUUGUUUUGUUUUUGACAUGACUUACAAGGGUCCAGGUGGGGUGUUUGUUAUCCAAGUUAAACUAUUGGGGGGGGGGGGUUAAGUGUCUUCUGCCAAGGAGACAAAACAAGGAGUGGAGAUGAAUGGUGUUGGAGUUCUGGUGGUUUCUGAGGGAACCCUGCAGGGUUGCCAAAAGUUGAAAGAGGAAAGGAGCACAGCCUUUUGAUGCAUCAGUGCACUACUGACGUUCUAUGCAAUUUAGCUGGCCUUAUUUUUGGACUGGCUUUUCACCCUUCCUCAUUUCUCUUAAAAACCAAUACAAUUAGCCUUUUAAGCAAAGCAGGUGUUUUCUAUGUAUCAUUUUGUGCGUUCGAGUGUGAAAUCAUUUUUCAUGGACAUCCAACAAUUAAAGAAAAAAAAAAAAAAUGGAACAGUGCCCCCUCAAGAAGGGACUAAUAUGUUCAUUCAUGACUAUAGUUAACAUUUGCCAGAUGUUACGUGCUACUGAAACGGGCUGUGCAUUGUUCUGAUUCUGGAGGAAACAUUGUUCUCGUCUUGUGCGGUUUAGUUUGUGCAUAUCAUGACAUAUCAUUUUAAAUGGCUAAAAUCCAAUAGUUUUUCUAUAAACUAUUCCCUCCACUGUCUAAAGCAAACCAAAGGACACAUUUUGCAAAUCCUCACAUAAUCUCCAUAGGUGAUCAUCUUCCAUCUGUUCAUUUUGGAGAAACUGUUUAUGUGUGGUUUCAUUAUGAGACUAUCACUGUCCUGCAGGGGACUCUGUUCCAGACAGGUUGCACAUCCUGCUUUGUCUCUUCUGAAUGGACUAAAAAGUGUCAGACUGUACAUAGAGGGCUGUAGGCAUGUGAUCGUACACCCCAGAGGCCUUUUUGUUCAUAUUAGUCUUUUUGCAACAGAUCGAGAUGUCUCACAAUUUUUUCGCUUUUUCCGGUGCUGUAACUGGAUGAGCGUAGAAACUGAUCGACGCAUGGGGGACAGAAGUGAUCUUUUUAUCACUUCUUUGUAGUAUAAUGUAUGUAUGGUUUGCUGGAUCAAAGAUUAAGUGCUACUUCUAUCUUGAAGUUUUACAGAAGCAGAAUGUUAUGUUUGUUAUUUCAGCAUGUUUGUGUGGACAAAAGGAGCUAUGGGUCUUUUUUUUUCUUUUUUUUUUAAAUAAUUUUAUUUUUUGAACUAAAUAGCUGCAAUGCAGACUGUGCGCUAUGUUUUUAAUCAAAACAGUGUCUAUCCUAAUCAUUAAUUAAUAUGUAUUUGUGGCAGAAAAUGUAUUUUUCACUGUUUUUUAAUCAUUCUACGUUAACCAAAAAGUGUGUUAUUGACGCCAUAUUCUGCUUUUAUUGAUUUUGCAGGACUCUUAAAUUCGUUUUCAACUUUUUGGUCACUUAUUGACCAGAUCAGAUCACCCAUAAUAAAAACUAAUUGAUCAUACUGUAUAAGACAAGAGUGAGUCUUAGGUCACAGAGAGCCCUCGUAUCCUUUUACGUUGAGUUGAUGUAAAACCAGCCUGAUAAGUAACAAAGAGCCAUUCUUUUAUUGGUACUGUACUUUGUAUCGACGGCAUUAUAGUUUAUCGAUUGUACGGCUGUUCCAGAAACAAACAUAGUUUGCUGUAUUUCACCCUUCCUUGUUGAGAUUGUAGCCCACGCCACACUGACCAUCACACUAACCAGCCAACCAAAGCAAAGUGUACAGCAACAUGACAAAGA